CGCAAGAACCAUCCAAACCUCGUUGUCUGUCUGAAUUCUCGAGUUCAAUUCGCUUCGACCCGGUUUGAGUUUCAUGGCGGAUUCGGACAACGACUCGGGAGGCCACAACGCCGCGAACAGCGAGUCGUCGGCCCUCGCACGCGAGCAGGACCGCUUCCUCCCGAUCGCCAACGUCAGCCGGAUCAUGAAGAAGGCGCUUCCCGCCAACGCCAAGAUAUCCAAGGAGGCCAAGGAGACCGUGCAGGAGUGCGUGUCGGAGUUCAUAAGCUUCAUCACGGGGGAGGCGUCGGACAAGUGCCAGCGGGAGAAGCGGAAGACGAUCAACGGGGACGAUCUGCUCUGGGCCAUGACCACGCUGGGGUUCGAGGAGUACGUAGAGCCACUGAAGGUCUACCUCCAGAAGUUCCGGGAGAUCGAGGGCGAGAAGACGGCGGCCAUGGGGAAGGGCGGGGAGAGAUCGGACGGCGGGGACGGCAGCAGCAGCAUCGGCGGCGGCGGCGGCGGCGGAGGCAGCGUCGUGAACAGCGGGAGCUCCGCGGGUGGGUAUGGUGGGGGGAUGUACGGUGGGGGGAUGAUGAUGAUGGGGCAUCAUGUGCAUCAUGCGCAUCAUCAGAGUCACCAUCACAUGUAUGGAUCCGGUAGUGGAGGGUCAUCUGGUGGGAGACUAAGGUAGGUUCUUCCCACUUUUUCUCUCUUUCUUUUCCUCUUAUUUUAUAUAUAUAAACAAAGAGAAAAAGAAUUUAACUUCUUCUCCCUCUUUCUCAAUUAAUUAGUAAAAAAAAUGCUAAAAUGGUGAUGAUGACGAUGACGAUGAUGAUGCCUAGCUCUUUUCGUUUUAGCUUGCCUUUCUAGUUUUAUUUUUUUCCUUAGUGGAUCCAAGUAUUGUUCAUGAAUGAUGUUAAAGAAGGGUGGUUUUUUUCCUUUUCUUUUCUUCCUUCCCCAGUUCGUUAAUGAGUGUUUUCAUGGAGUAGGAAGGGAAGAAGAAGAAGAGGUUUUGUUCACAUGUAUAAUUGUGAUUAUUAGUGGGAUUAGUGACGGCUAAUCUUUCAAAUGUUCUCUCCAUCUCGGACACUGUUGUAAAUUGCUGUGAGAUGAAUGUAAGAAGGGUUCUGCUGUGA